AUGCACAAUAAUCGUCUUCAAGCAAUAGCUCAACAAUAUGAAAUAAGUGAUACAUUAGUACAACGUUUAAAUAUACUUCAACAGUUUGAAGUUGUUAUACUUUGUGAUGAUUCUAAUUCGAUGAAUACACCUGUCAAUGGAACAGCUGGUACUUGUUGGGAUGAAUUACAUGCUAUUGUAAAAAUUAUUGUCGAUAUCGGUACUGUAUUUGAUUCGAAUGGAGUUGAUGUGCAUUUUCUUAAUCGGCCUUCUAAACUCAAUGUGACCGAUCCUCGACAAAUAGUUGAAUUAUUUGCUCAACGUCCACAAAGAGUAACCCCUCUUACUCCUACUUUACGGCGAAUUUUUCAAACAGGAGCAAGUAAACCUAAUAAUAGCAAACGUUUACUAGUUUUUGUAGCCACGAAUGGGGCACCAACAGACAAUCAUGGUAAUGUUGAUAUACAAAGUUUGGAAAAUUUAAUGCGAAAUGAACAAUAUUUGUCUCAAUGGGAUUGUACAAUGACUAAUGUUGAUGUUGUGGAUGAUUAUAAAUCAGAACGAGAAGAAGUACGUCGAACUCGAGGACUCAAUCAUCCAUUUUCAUUUGGUAAUUAUGUUGUAAAAGCAUUAAUUAGUGCUGUUGAUCGACAAAUGCAUGCUAUUGACGAAUAUGAAGAUAAUAAUAAAUGUUGGUAG